ACCGCAGAGGAUCCAACCCUCCCGAAAACCCAACCCAAAGCCUGUUCUCUUCUUCGGAUCUCCCUGUAGCACAGUUUCUUUCAGAAAACCUCAAAAAGACACGCAGACUGCGUUCCCCACAAAGGUUUCCCUGGGCUUUAUCGUUGUCUACCUUACCAUGUACCGAGUUGCAGCUUCCCGUCUUAGGUUUCUCAAGGAUCAUGUGGGCACUCUGGGCGCCAUUAGGUUUGCAACUUCCAGCGCAGUUACUGAAAAGCAGUCUUCAGGGGGCCUCUUUAGCUGGCUGACGAGUCAACAGUCUAGAACUCUACCUUCUCUGGAGCUCCCACUAGCAGGCGUGGCCCUCUCUCCUCCACUACCCGAUCAUGUUGAACCAAGUAAAACUAAAAUUACAACUCUCUCUAAUGGUGUCAAAAUAGCUUCGGAAACAUCGCCGAACCCUGCAGCAUCCAUAGGAUUAUACCUUGAUUGUGGUUCCAUUUAUGAGACCCCGGAAUCAUUUGGGGCUUCGCACUUGUUAGAACGGAUGGCCUUCAAGAGCACAACAAACAGAAGCCACUUACGCAUUGUGAGGGAAGUGGAGGCAAUCGGAGGUAACAUAGGAGCCUCGGCCUCUCGGGAGCAAAUGGGGUACACUUUUGAUGCACUAAAAACUUACGUUCCUCAAAUGGUAGAGUUGCUUGUUGACUCUGUGAGGAACCCUGCCUUCUUGGAUUGGGAGGUCAACGAAGAGCUGCUAAAGGUGAAGGCAGAGCUUGGAGAACUUUCUAACAAUCCUCAAGGCUUACUAUUGGAGGCAAUUCACUCAGCUGGUUACUCUGGUGCAUUGGCAAAUCCACUUUUGGCUCCUGAAGCCGCAUUAAACAGAUUGGAUGGUACCAUUUUGAAGGAAUUUGUUGCUGAGAAUUAUACUGCUCCUCGGAUGGUUCUUGCAGCAUCUGGGGUUGAACAUGAUGAGCUUCUGUCCAUUGCAGACUCGCUUCUCUCUGACUUACCAAGCACACGCCGUCUUGAAGAGCCAAGAUCUGUAUACGUUGGAGGGGAUUAUCGUCGUCAUGCUGAUAUAGUGAACACACAUAUUGCUCUUGCUUUUGAAGUUCCUGGUGGCUGGCGUAAAGAGAAAGAAGCUGUUCUUGUGACUGUUCUUCAGAUGCUUAUGGGAGGAGGUGGUUCAUUCUCUGCUGGGGGCCCUGGAAAAGGGAUGCACUCACGACUAUAUCUGAAUGUCUUGAAUGAAUACCAGCAGAUCCAAUCAUUUUCUGCAUUCAACAGCAUCUUCAAUGAGACAGGAUUGUUUGGCAUUUAUGCUAGCACUGGCCCUGACUUUGCGCCAAAAGCAGUUGAUAUAGCAGCAGGAGAAUUAAUCUCAAUUGCAACACCUGGAAAAGUUACCGAGGUGCAGCUUAAUCGUGCCAAAGAGUCCACAAAAUCUGCUGUCUUGAUGAAUCUGGAAUCUAGAAUGAUUGUAUCAGAGGAUAUAGGGAGGCAGAUUUUGACUUAUGGAAAGAGGCUGCCGGUGGAGCAUUUCUUGAAGGCUGUGGAUGAAAUCACAUUGAAGGAUAUUACUAGCAUAUCACAGAAGAUCAUUUCUUCACCUCUAACAAUGGCAUCAUAUGGGGAUGUUCUUAAUGUCCCCAGCUACGAAUCUGUUAGCAGCAAGUUCCAUGCAAAAUGAGUCUCUUUGUUUCCAUAAUUUUUUUUUUAAUAAAAGAUUAAAAGAAGAGAUUUUUGGUGAAUGUAACAAUGUAUCUCUUCGACAAAUUAAUGUUGUUUUCUUACGUUGUCGUCAUGACGACAACAACAUUUCAUAUCA